CUUCCCCUCUCUCCUCGUCUUCUGUCCAAAAAAUCGCCGAUUUUUUCACGAGUCGCCGUUUCAUCUCCCCAAUCGGCGACGAACGCUGCGGUUUUAAUCGGCUGUCUGCAAGCACUACGGUACGUUGAUUUAUACACUCGAAGGGUUUAAGGAAGGUUUUUCAUCUACUCCAAAGAUCUAUAUACAUUUCCACUAGCAAUUUCAGUUGCAAAUAUACAAUGAGGAAGCUAUUCUCAUUCAGAUCUUCCGCACCAAGUAGCGGAAACAGCAAUCCAGUUAUUCCACCACUCAACAGUGAGGUCUAUUGGGAGACCCCUUGGGAAGGGGGUGUGGUGAAUCAAGUGAGUGGCAAGGUUCAAGACGGCUCUUGGAGUGCCAAUGACCUGGGUUCAGGAUCAGGAAAACAAUGCCCAGAGAACCAAACCUCCGCUUCAGGUCUGAGAAGGAGCCUUUCAUUUUCAUCUCCAGGCAUUUACAGUGAUCUGGGAGAAAGGGAUGUUAAUUGCUUGUGUGAUGGAAGUAGAUCUCCUUCUACCGGUAGUAAUGCUCCGCAUCAUGUGGCUGAGUUCCCAAUCCGGUGUCUUUUGGUGACACCAGAGAGGCAGUCCAAGCCAAAAAGAGGCGAUCAUGCUGCCACUCGAAAGACGCAUGCAGUUGAGAAGCUUGAUUCUCCUAGUUCAUCUAGACGUUAUGUUGGUUCAUCAGGAAACUCACCUUAUAGUUCUCCAGUCCCACUAAGAUGCAGAGCUGCUCGGUUAAACCAAGUACCGAAAAAAAUCUUGGACCUGUACAUUGAUGGAGAGCAGCAGGAAAGGAGGCCCAUGAACGAAUCUCGAAGAAAUUCUCACCGUGCCCAAAAUGAUGGGUUUUCAUUAGAGAACAGAAUGAUGCCCAAUUCAAGGUGGCCACCAAAAGUUCAGACUACUGCACCUAGUUCACCUACAGGUGAUAAAGAACGGUUGAGAUCCCACUCGUGUAGGGAAAGUAGAGAUACCCAUCUUCGCCUUUCGGCUAGAGACUGGAUGAGAGAUGAUGCUAGGCCCGCAUCCCCACAAAAGCUUGCGAAGAACGUAGUCGGGAGGCUGUGCCAGGUAUUUCCUAAGAAAUCCAAAAUGAAAUCGCGAGAAAUCAAUUCCAAAACUAUUACCCAAGUCGAAGAUAUCUAUGAGGACUCACAGCCACACCCAAGUAUGAAUUCAAGCACCACCACUCAAGGAACUUCCAUGUCUGAUCACAUGUCUUCAUGCCAUAUCUCUGACGUCCCGUAUGAAAUCACAAAUGGGUAUUGCACGAAGGAAAUUUCAUGUUUUCAAAAGCAAGAUUAUUUUCUUGGAGAUGGUCCAGUCAGCAUCAAGCAUGAAAAUUCAGAGCACUCAAUGAGAAAGGAAGAGGACCCAGAUGUGGAAUUACGUAGAAAAGGAAAGGAGGCUGAGGAGAGGGUCGCACUGCUAUUGGAGGAGCUUGAACAGUUGAAGCUUCGGAGCAACGGUUUCAGCCUAUCAGCAUUGCUUCAGACGAUUAGAAAUAUCAACGAUGAUAGGAGAAACUUAGCUCUCGAAGUUUCUGCUCAGAUACAGAGUCGGAUUGCUGAGAGAUCUUCUGCAAACGAAGCUCUUAACCUGGCAAAGGUAGAUCUGGACACGCGGACGAGGAGGUUGGAAAAGGAGAAGCAAGAACUGCAGUCGAGUUUGGAGAAGGAAUUGGAUAGAAGGUCGAGCGAUUGGUCAUUUAAGCUUGAAAAAUACCAAUCGGAAGAGCAGAGACUAAGAGAACGGGUACGGGAACUGGCGGAGCAAAAUGUCUCAUUGCAAAGAGAAGUUUCUUCAUUCAGCAGCCGGGAAGUGGAGACUAGAAAUAGGAUUGUGCAUUCAGAGAUGCAAUUGAGUGAGGUGACGGUGAGGAUGGAGGAAACAAGAGCGGAGAACGACAAUCUUCGGCAAGCCUUGUUGGAGGUACAAGAGCGUUGCAGAACGUCAGAAACUGACCGGGAUUGCAUCAAAAGAAGCUACAAAGAAAAGGAGCAGGAAACUAAGGAGUUGCAGAAAGUUGUCACCAGAUUACAAAGGACCUGUGGAGAACAAGAGAAAACGAUUACCGGUCUUCGGCAAGGACUCGGCAGUGAAAUCACAAAGCAGUCUUCAGAGAAAAGUGAUAUUGUGGUUAAAUUGCAAAUGGAGCAGGUGAGGUUGACGGGCGUGGAACAGACUCUGAGACGGGAGGUGGAGUCUUUCAGGCUUGAAGUGAAGUCCCUUCGGCAUGAGAACAUCAAUCUCUUGAAUCGCUUGCGUGGGACUGGAAAUGGUGGGGCACUCUCAUCAGUGAAGCUUGAUCAGGAACUGGGCGCUCGGGUUGACUUAUUACAGAAUCAGUGCUUCUCAUUGCUUGAUGAGAAUGGCCAGCUUUGUGGGAACUUGUUGGAAUUUGUUAAAGGUAGAACAUGCUACCCUCAGGUCCCUCACGAACAUCCUGGAUCGGAAGAAGGAUACGAAGUUAACAAUGGAUUUGAUGGGUAUUCGGUUGUCGAGUAUGAUAUGAAAUUCCAAAGUUUCACGAGAGGGGUUGAAAACCUGAGGAGAAGUCUGCAGACAGUAUCUGCAGUACUGCAAGAGAAGUCUGAUCUCAAUUCUUCAGAAUUGCAGUCUCAGAUGAGUGGCCCAUCAGUCCAAAAAUCGGAGGGAAAUGCGGAGCACGAGCUCAAGGCUGAAAUCCUAGUAACAAAAGUACUACGAGAAAAGAUGUCUUGCAAAGAGCAGGAACUCGAGCAAUUGCAAGCUGAGCUGGCAACAGCAGUAAGGGGGAACGACAUCCUAAGAUGUGAAAUCCAGAGGGCACAAGAUGCAACUUCCUCUUUGACCCACAAGUUGAAGGAUCUUGAACUGCAGAUGUUGAGGAAGGAAGAGAAUAUCAGCCAACUCCAAAGUGAUUUACAGGAGUGUAUGAAGGAGCUGACGAUCACGAAGGGGAUACUGUCGAAAGUGACAGAGGAGAGAGAUUUGAUGUGGGAGGAAGUGAAGCAGCACCGUGAGAAUAACAUGCUGCUGAACUACGAAGUGAACUCAAUGAAGAAGAAGAUGGAAGCCCUCGAAGACGAUGUGCUUAUCAAGGAAGGCCAGAUUACAAUACUGAAAGACAGCAUCGACAAGAGGCCAUUUGACAUCCUCUACUCUUCUAACUCCAUGCAAGAAUUCACAACACUGCAAUGAACUGAUGAUAGGUGUGAUUAAAACCCAUGUUCGACUUUCGUAUAUAUGUCUGUACAACUUGUGUUUGUUAUGAUUUUUCUUCCUUUGUUAUUCUUAGGGGAUGGGCGGAGUUGUAAAUCAACGUUGUUUGUCUAAUACACAUGAAGAAUACAAACUCAUUGUUUUGGGAUGGAACUGUGAAUUAUUAUGUUGAAAAUCUGAUUUAGUUA